AUGAAUAUAGAGGACUUCCUAAAAUUCAACAACUUAAAUUUAUGCAAAGAUAAAAUAGUAAACAGCAUCCAACGUAACAAAAUCGGCAUACUUAUAACAAAUUUGGGCAGCCCCGAGAAACCGACUUAUUGGGCGCUGUACAAAUAUUUGGCUAAGUUCCUGGGCGACCCUCGAGUUGUCAAGCUGAAUCGCUUUUUGUGGCUGCCCCUGCUCUACGGAUACGUACUGCCCUUCCGCAGCGGGAAGUCCCUAUCCAAAUAUAAAAAUGUAUGGACAGACGAAGGGUCCCCUCUAUGCGUGAACACGCAUAACCAGUGCGCCGCGUUGAAGGAGCGUUUAUUUGCAAUGUACAAGGACAAAGUCACGAUUACCUACGGAAUGCGAUACGGAGAAAGGUCCAUAAAAAGAGCAUUGGAUUAUUUGAAAAGCAAAAACAUAAACAAGCUUCUAGUAGUGCCCCUAUAUCCCCAAUCGGCCGAAUGCACAGUAGCAUCCACGCUUGAUUGCAUAGGUGAAAAUUUAAAAAAGUGGAAUAACAUCCCAGAGUUGAGAUUUCUAUCGGGAUACUGUCUAAAUGAAAAGUACCUAAAUAGUAUCACUGAGAGUAUUCAAAAUUUUUGGAAAAUAAAUGGAAAGGGAAAUAAAUUAAUCAUAUCAUACCAUUCCAUACCUACUAAAACGGUGGAAGAUGGAGAUUUAUAUCCUUUUUUUUGUAUCGAGAGUACAAACCAGUUGAUUAAAAAGCUCAACCUUAAGAAGGAAGAUUAUAUAUUGGCUUUUCAAUCCAGAAUAGAAGGACAGAAAUGGAUACAACCAUGUAUCGAAAAUAUUUUAAAACAGUUGUCUUUUGAAGGAUGUAAUGUCGUCGAUGUCGUUUGUCCAUCCUUUUCCGCUGACUGCUUGGAGACAUUGGAAGAAAUUGAAAUCACUUAUCGCCAGCAGUUCCUUAAGCAUGGCAAUGGGCGUCUACGAUAUAUAAGCUGCUUAAAUUAUUCAAAAGUGGGCAUUGAUUUUCUCAUGGGUAUUAUUCAGGAGAACAUGGUCGGAUGGUAG